AACAGGAACAUGACCUAAACUAACGCAUUGUGCCAACUUGGACGUGGCAGGCGAUGAAGACAAGCGAAUUGACAGUGAAACAGUCAAGCUUGCGCAAGACGCCGUUCCAAGAGAAGCAUGGUGUGAUGUAUGGCCUGCACGUGCGAUCGAGGGACUCCAAGGGUGAGGCCGUGUCAGUACAGUGCCGAUUCUGCGUUCACUUCGGGAGGGAGGAGCGGCAAGGAAGGGCCCUUCGGAAAACGCUGACCACGAUCAAGGUGUACGUCCCACCGUAUCGCCCUGAAAACUACCGACACCACAACGCCACACAACAUCCCAAGAUGUGGGUCGCAUACCAGGCCAUGUCCCCGGAAGACCAGUCCACUUUCUUUGCCACGUCAACUCGUCGCAGCACCGCACUCGAGCCUGCCAACCCAUCACCACACGCGGACGGAGCAUCCAACCAAGUCGCGGCGCUGUCAGACCAUGUCAUAGGCAUGAACUUGUCCAAGGACGCUUGCCAUCAAGUGCAAGCGCUGAAAGAAGCCCUGGGAGAUCGCUAUUUUGACGCUGUGGACAUGCUCACGGAUGCCACCGCGGCGCGCGCAUUCUUGGUGGUGGGGACGGCGGACCGCGUCGGAUGGCUCCAGUGGAGGCUCGCUCGUCAGGAUGUUACAUCAUCAACCAUAUCAUGACUUCGUGAUGCUCCAUGUUCUGCACGUUGAGUAGACCUGGUACAUUCUUGGAUCGAAUCGACGUGGUGAGGACCUAACAUUAGCAAUUGAGGUCAGUAGUUGUCGAUUCAAUUCAACUUUGAGGUGAA